GCCUGGCCACUAGUUCGUGGCAGAGAUGGUCGAUUGGCUGUCUCUGCUGGUCCUGACUCGCGACACGGCCAGCUCAAGCCAGCGAGUGGCCCUGUGCUGCCGAUCACACCUAGACGCUCUGCGAUCUGACCUGGCUGGUUGGGUCCACUCUGGAUGUGUCUACGGGUAUUCAGUAUUGAUAAUACGGAUACAAUGCCAUGGGAAAAGGAGGUAUAGGUAUGGGUAGGGAAGGACCAGUGUAUGUGUGUCA